AUGGUAGCUUUUAGAAACGCAGGAGCGACAGCGCUUCCUGCCGGCUCCAUCUUCUGUCCGGACCCGGAGGCAUAUCACAUGACUGAUUGUCUCGGGUUGCGCUUCACCUGGAUACACUUGGUCUUCGAUAACUUCCCCUCCAUGCUGAGCUUUGUGUCGAAGCUGCACUGUGCGACGGGGAUUUGCCCACGUGACCUGGAAGAUUAUGGCUGCUCCUGCAGAUAUGUGGCAGCUGGAAACCCCGUGGAUGCUCUGGACGUGUGCUGCGAGGCUCACCGGCUGUGUUACCAGAACGCUGCCCCCUGCAGGCAGGACCUGCCGCUUGCCCCGUACAACUUCAGCUGUGCGGCAGCUGCAAACACCAGCUGUGAUGCUGCUGAUUUGUGCCAGCAGAGGUUCUGUGAAUGUGACCGGGCCGCCAUCGACUGCAUGACUCGGAGCCCGUACAACUCAUCGCUGAGAGGCCUUGCCGACACGUCCUGCUCAGCUACAAAUCAAACAGAGCUGCUCGGCGGCGGCGAGGACACAGGUGAAGUCUUCAGAGCAGCAGGGAUGGACCCACCAACAACAGGCAGGGUGGAUAACCAGAGUGACACCGAGGCCAUGGAGUACAACCUCAGCACUCCAGCGCCGCUGAUGCCUGCUGAGGAGCUUGAGGAAGGUGCAGGAGGUGCAGCAGAGGUGGAAGAGGCAGAGAUGACACACCUGAGUUAUAUCUCUAAAGAUCUGAAUGAGAGCGCCGCAGAGGAAGCACUCGAGCAGGAAGAGAUAAAUGGGGAUCAGAUGACCCACAAUCCUCCAGCAAUCAGCCGGGGGAUGGACCCACCAACAACAGGCAGGGUGGAUAACCAGAGUGACACCGAGGCCAUGGAGUACAACCUCAGCACUCCAGCGCCGCUGAUGCCUGCUGAGGAGCUUGAGGAAGGUGCAGGAGGUGCAGCAGAGGUGGAAGAGGCAGAGAUGACACACCUGAGUUAUAUCUCUAAAGAUCUGAAUGAGAGCGCCGCAGAGGAAGCACUCGAGCAGGAAGAGAUAAAUGGGGAUCAGAUGACCCACAAUCCUCCAGCAAUCAGCCGGGAUUCAGGUUUGCGCGUUCAUGGCGAAGAGACGCCAACUGAAGCAGAAUCCGAGCUGACUUCUUCACCAAGCUCCGCCACUGAAAACGCACAGGUGAAUCAAACGGGAGCAUCAGCGCCGCUCGGUCACAUUUUACCAUCGACUCCUCCCACUCCUCCUACAACUCCCAGAGAGCUGACAUCAGCAGCCGUGGAAGAAUCAGCCGAGACAGGUUUAAUCUUAGCCUCAACAACAACCACCACGAGUCCCUCUGAGUCAUCUGAGGAGGAAGGAAAUGGGAAAGAGGAGGAGGACAAUGAAGAGGAGCAAGAGUCUGGUGAGCACUUCUUUGAUGUGCUCAAAACUACAACAAUGACAGCAGCAGCAACACCGUCAGCCCCAAGGAAAACUCCUCACACAGAAGGUGGAGGAGGUGUCAGCUUCACAUUAACACCAGCACCACCUCCAGCUUCACAGGAGAGAGGGGAGGGAGGUGUCAGAGAGGAGACGAGCUCUCCGAGGCCCGCUGAAGGCCCACAGAUCACAACCAGAGUCACAACACAGGCCUCAACCAGCAGCUCGCUCCCACAAACCAAACCAGCGAGAACCACCACCCCUCCUGACGACUCAUCAGAGGAAGAUGCCACACCUCCUCUUCCUCCUGCUGCUGCUUUCAGUCUUCAGAGUCAAGGUGAAACGCUCCCAACAUCUGCAUCAUCUUCAUCAGCGGCUACAGUGAGAACCAUCGCAGAGACGACACAGAGGAGACCGGCCACCUCCGUCACACCGCGGUGGGAGGUCCACACCCGAAGCACAACAGCAGCGGUUUUAAAACCUCCGCCACACUCCACCGCCGAGGCUGGAUCCGAGGAAAAGACCGGAACAAUGACGGUCAAACCUCCGAGUGUGGAAGGAGGAGAGGAGGACGACUCGCGGGAGAAAGACUCGGACGACUGGUUCGCUCCUCAGAGGAGGGCGGUGCCGUUCUUCGCCUGGUCCCUGCUGGAGUCUGUUGGGCUGACUGACAUAGACCUGCAGCCAGACACCAAAGAAUGCAGUCGCUCCUUCAGCGUGUACGCCAGCGACGGUCAGUCCAGGCGGGAGAUGCCGGCGCUGGGGGAGAUGCUCCACUGCCUGACGGGACGCUGCCCACACGAGUACGAGAUGUACGGCUGCUACUGUGGACAGGAGGGCGGCGGUCAGCCUCUGGAUCAGCUGGACAGGUGCUGCUUCUUCCAUCAUUGCUGCCUGAAGCAGAUCAGCUCGAUGGGCUGCAGGCCGGAGAGGAAGCUCAACGCUCAGAUCUCCUGUGAGAACGCAAAACCACGAUGUCAGGGGGUCACUGUGUGCGACAAACUACAGUGUGUAUGUGACAAAACCACAGCAGAGUGCAUGGCGGCCGCACACUUUAACCACAGCCUGCCGGCGCCGCAGUGCCACGGGUCGACGCCCCCCUGCCGCCGAGCCAGCAGACCCCCCAAACCUCUGAGGGUCUCCCCCCAGUCCAGCGAGGAGUCGGACAUGGAGGUCGGGGACGCCAGCAGUGAGGAGGACACGGCUGCGAACACACCUCCACCUCUGCAACCUCCUCACAGCCAUGACAGCUCCCACCUGAAGGACGCUGAGAAGUCGACUCCUUCUGCUGGAUCACCCGGAGACCUGACACAUCCUCCUCCUCUCUCUCCCCCUCCUUCUCCUGCUGCCUCCAGUGAGGAGAGCGGGGAGCGACCGACACUCAGUGGGGUUCAAACCCAGAACCCGAGGCCGAGUGCAGGACUCACGCCUCUCAGAAACAAUCACGUCAUCACCAAACACGAGCGAGCCCAUUUCUACUCGUCCAAACGUCGACUCUUCAGCUUUAGAGUGUCGCUGCCAAGCAGUUCGAGUAUUGCUGUCAUUGAAUUGACUUAUAAGAACUCAGCUGGUUGUUGGAGUCAUUUGUGA